AUGGUAUUUUACGUGCUGAAUAUGGCCGCGAAGCGAACAGCCAUCAGUAUUUACAAAACCGGUGGUGGACUUUUGAAACAUCGUACCGUUUUGCCCGUCUUACGUCAACCGGUUCGAUUCGCUGGAAAGUGGUUCCCGGAUCAGGAGUUCAUCGAGCAGUUCAAGGGUCCGGUAAUGUAUCCGGAUGCAGUGACUUCUCGCUGGAAGUUACCGCCCUGGAACAGCAAGAUCGCCCCAGUGGAGAAAACCGUGCGUAACUUGAAGCUCAACUUUGGACCUCAGCAUCCGGCAGCGCACGGUGUAUUACGGUUGGUGCUGGAACUGGACGGUGAAACAGUGAUGCGAGCAGAUCCACACAUCGGUCUUCUGCACCGUGGCACGGAAAAGCUUAUCGAGUACAAAACCUAUAUCCAAGCAUUGCCCUACUUCGAUCGACUAGACUACGUGUCGAUGAUGUGCAACGAGCAGUGCUACUCACUUGCCGUAGAAAAGCUCCUGAACAUCGAGAUUCCAGUGCGGGCCAAGUAUAUUCGGGUGCUGUUUGCCGAAAUCACACGCAUCCUCAAUCACAUCAUGGCGAUCGGUACGCACGCUUUGGAUGUGGGCGCACUAACACCAUUCUUCUGGCUGUUCGAAGAACGCGAAAAGAUGAUGGAGUUCUACGAGCGUGUGUCGGGUGCACGCAUGCAUGCCGCUUACAUCCGGCCCGGUGGUGUCGCGCAGGAUCUUCCUCUUGGGCUGCUAGAUGACAUUUACGAUUUUGCGUGCAAGUUUGCGGAACGGCUGGAUGAGGUAGAGGACGUGCUGACGAGCAACCGCAUCUGGAUUGAGCGAACGGCCGACAUUGGAGUAGUAUCGGCUGCUGAUGCACUAAACUACGGCUUCAGCGGUGUUAUGCUGCGUGGUUCCGGCAUCAAGUGGGAUCUCCGCAAGACACAACCGUACGAUGCGUACGAUAAGGUUGAGUUCGAUGUACCGAUCGGUACGAAGGGUGACUGCUACGAUCGCUACCUGUGCCGCAUCGAGGAGAUGCGUCAGUCGUUACGGAUCAUCGACCAAUGCAUUAACCAGAUGCCGGCCGGUGAGAUUAAGACGGAUGACGCCAAGAUAUCACCACCGUCCCGGAGCGAGAUGAAACUAUCGAUGGAAGCAUUGAUUCAUCAUUUUAAGCUGUUCACGCAAGGAUUUCAGGUACCACCCGGUUCCACUUACACCGCGGUCGAAGCACCGAAGGGUGAGUUUGGGGUGUAUCUAGUGUCGGAUGGUUCCAGCCUACCGUAUCGUUGCAAGAUUAAGGCACCGGGGUUCGCUCAUCUGGCCGCACUGGAUAAGAUAGGUCGCCAUCACAUGCUGGCGGACGUGGUAGCAAUCAUCGGGACGCUUGACGUCGUGUUUGGUGAAAUCGAUCGCUAAACGACUCAAGUGGGGUGAUC